ACAUAAUCACAUUCAAUAAAAUAAUAAAUUACAAAAUAAAACAUAUUUGCACGUGUAUGGUGUACAACUAAAAAAUGCCUAAAAAUACCAAUAAAUUAAUAAAAAAACCGGAAAAACAAUUACACAAAACGAACCCCUUACCUUUCUUCGCAAUCGUCCCAAAACCGCAGCGGUCAGACUUAGCUUCUCCCAGGCGUCAUUCCAGACUUCCAGAGUUCCAGUCGUCUUCUCAAUCGGCGGUGCACUCCGGCGAUGGGGAAACAGUAACUCCGGCGGUGUAUUCCGGCGGUGGGGAAAUGGUAACUCCGGCGGUGCAGUCUAGCGGGGAAGAACCUAGCGUUCAAUUGAUCCGCAGAAUAUGGGGAGUUCUCUGCAGAUAUGUUUCUGUUACACAAUAAUUAGAAACAGAAAUAACAAAAUUACACAAAUUGCAUGUAGCGUAACUGGUGUGUACUCUUAUUUAUGAACAAGAGGUCCUAGGUUCGAGUUGCAUCAUAGACUUAUAUUUUUUAAAGUUGUUUUUGUGACACCAAUGCACUAAUCUACUGUAUGUGAAAUCAAUAUUUGUGACUAAUUAUUUCCAACAAAUUCAUAUCAACAAUUG